AUGAUUUUCAGCCUAUUUCUGAAUAGCCUCUCAGAGCUUUAUCUGAGCUUCUGCUCAGAAUCUUUAAAUUGUUACCGCACCCUAACUUACCUCUGUGUGUUGGGGUUGCUCCUCCUCUUCUUCCCUUCCCCGGUGAAAAUUCUAUUAACCAAAAUCUUCUGGAAAAAUGAACAUACACAAAAGCAUCAGUAUCAGGGCAGAAGAUCCAAGAGAAGGAGGAAAGGUGGGACACAGAAAGGUAGAAGAUACUCCCAGAGGGAAGAAGAGGAUAAAAAGUUGCUUAUUUCUUUCCUUAAAAGCUUUGUAUCUCUUGUCUCCUGCAGCCCCUUGGGCCAGCGUCAUGAUUCUACCCGCUUUCGUCAACUUUUAUGUCCAGAUCCUUCCUGUGAGGUAUGUAAUGAUGCAACUACUGAGAUGGAUCAGUUUCUGUCCUCAUUGGCCCUGGAAGAUGCUACUCUCUCUGUGUCCCCUUCGGCUUCUGCAGCUCCUGUGACUGAGCCAUCAUUCACUCAGUCCCCUGCCUUCUCAGCAGUCCCUCCAAGAGACCUAAUAUCACCUGACCUGCCUGAGCCUUUUCCACCACCACUGCCUUCCAAUAUCUUUCCUAACCCAGUGACACCCUUAAGUCACUUUCCAUUACCAUCAUCACAGCUUCGCUCUCUGCCAGCAGACAAUUUAUCUCUCUUGACAUCUGACUUUCCAGUGCAUCAUUCUCUUACCACACACAGUACUAAGACUAUGGAUGCUACUGUUCAAUCAGAAGCCUCUCUGAUCCUGAAUACCAUCUUCAUUGACUCCUCCAUUAUCCAAGAUACCAACCCCUUUCAAGGUAAUUCCACAGAAUCUGUUACUUUUCAUCAUGCCCAACCCACCUUGUCUGUUUCACAACCACACUACAGUUUAACUGUGACUCGACCUAAACCUAUUCACAUCUCAUCCAAGCCUGUUCUGGAGAACUCAUCUCUAGACAGCACUGGAGCAUUGGCCACUUAUGCCCCUCAAGGCUCUGACCAUCCAAGCCUGUCAAUUUCACACUUCCCUUCUCAGAAAGCUCGUGCCAGAGAUCCGUUGAAGUCCACCUUGACACGUGAUUUCUAUCAAGUUCAGGAUGUGGGGUAUGACUCUGACAAAGACUUAAACUCCUACACAAUGAGUCUGACAGGAGCAAAUACCAUGAUGCCAGGCCAGAAUGUGAUGCAGAGAAAACAAGAAAAUGCCCGGAAAAUACAUUUGAGGAGGAAGUCAAAGGAAAUCAGUGAACGUCAGCUCCCUGCAAGUAUGCUUAGUCCAUGGCAUGCUAUCCAAGAGGCACUUUCUGUGAAUUCACUUGUAGAAAUAAAACAGAUAAGUUUGGCACCAGCAGUAGGUAGGGAAUAUAGACUGAACACGUGCCAGAAGCUUUACUUCCUUAAGGCUGGUUCCCAGGAGAUUUUGGAAGCCCACAUUACCAAGUUUUAUUUGAGGAUGGUAAGUGGCCUUCCCCCUAAAGUCCUUGAAUCCAUUGAAAUAUUUAGAUUGAAAGAUGCUUCCUCCUAUUCCCAGUAUGAUUCCAAAUCCUCCUCAACCAACUUGAUAGAUGAUGUGGUCUCCAUAUCAGGGGGCUUCAGGCCCCUUCAAGGUAGCUCUGCUACCUCACUUGUGGGCAAUGAAGGACAGGGGAUCCUGAGACAAGUGCCCUCUGAAAUCUCCCAUGGGGUGAGAAUUCUGGAUGCUGGACCUACUCCUGUGCCUGUGGAAAACACCAUCAUUGGCAAAGCAAGUCAGGAACAUUCUCCAAGAGCCAAAGUUCUCCCCUUAAAGCUGCUCAUAAGACAAUCCCAGGCUGAACAUGUGCUAAAAGAUCAGAGUGCAAAUUCCAGAAAGGUUGAAGAGGAAAUGAAAUCAGAAAUUGUCUCCAUGCCCAAUGUGCCCAGGGCUGAGGAGCUCAAUGCUCUUCAAUCCAAAAUGAGUGACAUUUUAACCACCAGCAAGCUGGAAAUCUCCCAAAGGCUAACUGUGAGUGAGAAUAAAGGAGUAAUGAUUGUGAAAACUGAAAACCUUCCAGCAGAAACAUCAGUUCUGCAAGAUCGUAACUCAGCAGACCUUCAGAACCAACUAAUUUCUGAGUUAAAGUCAAAGAUAGAGAAGAGGAAGCAGAGUCAGGCCCAAGGCCAGUAUACUCAUGUGUCUCAUGCCUCAGACAGAUUAACUUACACAGCCUCCCUGACUCAUGAUCAGGGUGUCUCCAGUGUGGACAAGGCAGCUCACCGGGAGCUGCAUGUCCAUUUGGGAAACACAGGAGCCAGUAUAAAGCAGCCACAGGAAGCUCACAUCCCCAAGAAUAUCUUAAGAUUAUGCCAGGAUAAGAAUUUCCCAACUGCUACAAAGAAAGAGAGGCCCACAGGGUUCAAACCAGAGGAUCUUGCUAGAGGGAAUGCAGGGUUGAGAACAUCCCAACCAGGAAGGAAGAGAUUUCCUACUCAGGACCUGCCAUUAAAGGAGAAGCUUGGGACCAAGUCUCCCCAGACCCCAUCACAGAAGGCACAACCUCCUCCAGAAAGCCUGUUAAGAAAACAAAUGAACCGUAUUUUUCAAAAGCUUUAUCUUUGGAAAAUGUACAAACAGCAAAAAUACUCUCAGGAAAAGGGCAACACCGUAUCAUCUACCCAGAACCGAGGCCCAGUUAAAAGUAGAGCAGAUAUUGGGAGUUUUCUAGAGGCGAAAUUUGGGCGUCCGAGUCCAGUAGAUAUAACCUGCCCUCAGGAGCCCACUCCCUCUGCAGUGAAGUUUGCAAAAGCUCCACAGAAGGUACCAGUGUGGUCCCAGGCAGGGCCUGUCCAGGGACAUCCUUUUCACUCCAGUGCUGGCUCCCAUAAAGUGACAAAUACCAAUACCUUCCCCCAAGCUGACUUCAGGGACAAGGACAGACACCCCCGGAGAGUUGUGGCAGUAAAUAACCAGAUAUAUCAGAAGCAAUUCCAAUCUGUGCCCUGCAAAGGGCGUGUGCCCCGUCCAAGACCGACCUUUAGGCCUCCAACUGCCCAGUGGGCUCAGGCUGCUCUCACCACCGCCGUAUCCACGGUGUUCAGAGAUCCGUCUCUACGAGUAAGACAGAAUAUGAUUCUGGAUAUUUUCAAGAGAAGAGACUUUACCACAACAAUAUAA